GACAGCAAUGUGUUGGAUCAGUGCCAUCAGAAUCAUGGCGGCUGAGGAGCUGCACUGGCCCGUGCCCAUGAAGGCCAUCGGUGCCCAGAACCUGCUAACCAUGCCCGGGGGUGUGGCCAAGGCCGGCUACCUGCACAAGAAGGGAGGCACCCAGCUACAGCUGCUCAAAUGGCCCCUGCGAUUCGUCAUCAUCCACAAGCGCUGUGUCUACUACUUUAAGAGCAGCACAUCUGCCUCCCCACAGGGCGCCUUCUCAUUGAGCGGCUACAACCGGGUGAUGCGGGCAGCCGAGGAGACCACGUCCAACAACGUCUUCCCCUUCAAAAUCAUCCACAUCAGCAAGCGGCACCGCACGUGGUUUUUCUCUGCGUCCUCAGAGGAUGAGCGCAAGAGUUGGAUGGCCCUGCUUCGAAGGGAGAUUGGCCACUUCCAGGAGAAGGAGCUGUCCCUGGACGGCAGCGACCCCGGCUCGGACACAGACAGGUUCUACGGGGCUGUGGAGCGGCCUGUGGACAUCAGUCUCACCCUGUACCCCACGGAAAAUGAAGACUACGAGCAUGAUGAUGAGGAUGACUCCUACCUGGAACCCGACGCCCCUGAGCCCGGGAAGCCAGAGGACGCUCUGACUCAACCACCAGCCUACCCGCCGCCCCCCGUGCCCACGCCCAGGAAGCCGGCCUUCUCUGAGGUGCCCCGUGCCCACUCCUUCACCUCCAAGGGCCCAGGACCUAUGCUGCCACCCCCACCCCCGAAGCGCAGCCUCCCGGACGUGGGGCUGAUCCCGGAGGAUGCCAAGAGGGAGCUGCUGCUGCGGCGGGUGGACCCCAGCCCCAGGGGGCCCACUGCUACCAGGAGGAUGAGCGAUCCCCCCACGGGCAGCCAGCCUGCCCCGCCCGGCAUCCGGAAGCCCCCUGGCUUCCGGGAGAACACCUGCCCCAGCGUUGAGCCCCGGCACUCCAGCUAUGGGACCAGUCCCACCUCUACCGGUGUUGAGCCCCGGCACUCCAGCUACGGGACCAGCCCCACCUCUACCGGCGUAGCCACCACGGAGGCCAGGAACUGUGACAAGCUGCAGUCGCUCCACCUGCCCCCACGGGGACCACCCGCCAGCGAUCCCCCGCCCGUGCCAGGCAACAAGCCCACGUUUCUGAAGACAGCGCCAGAGGCGGGGGCCCCGAGGGACGGGGCCAGGCCCGGACUGUUUGUGCCUCCCGUGGCCCCCAAGCCUUCUGCCCUGAAGCUGCCCGCACCUGAGGCCCCCGCACGGCCAGAGAGGCCCCUACUGCCUCACCUCCAGACCCCUGACCUGGCCUUCCCAGCUCACCCUGCCCACCAGCACCCCUGCCCGGGCCCCCAGCCACCUGCACCUCCUUACCUGGCCCCUCCACCUCACACUCAGUGCAUGACCCCCAUCCAGAGGACAGCUCCCUUGUCUGCCCUGCCCAGUCAGGUGCCACUGCCCAACUCGGUCUUCAUCAACACCACGGAGUCCUUCGAGGUGGAAAGGCUGUUCAAAGCCACAAGCCCCCGAGGGGAGCCCCCCGACGGCCUCUACUGCAUCAGGAACUCCUCCAAGUCAGGGAAGGUGGGUGUCCUGGGUGCAUGCCCGGCGGUCCCCCUGAGCCAAGAGGCUGGGACCUCACUGUCUAUGUCACCCCUACCCACCUGCCUCAGCCUCUCUUGUCCUCUCAUCCAGCUCUCUGACUCCAAGUUCUACCUGGAGGGCGAAGUCUUGUUUGUGAGCAUGGCCAGCCUGGUGGAGCACUACCACAGCCACGUGCUGCCCAGCCACCAGAGCCUGCUGCUGCGUCACCCCUACGGCUACACCAGGCCCAGGUGACACCAGCGUUCUCUGACCUGGGCCCACCCCAGACUCCUUUCACAAGCCGCCAGGCCUGUGGGCCUCGGGCUGCUGCGGACUGAAGGCCUCUCCUGCCCGGCCUGUCGUGCCGGGGACCAGGCUCAGGACAGAGCCUCGCCUGGGCUUCCGGGACAGACAGCCACCUCUGCCCAGUGUGCCACCCUCAGAUCUGUGAGCU